AUGGACGUGGCUGCAGGCCUUGCCUGGGCCUUCCAGGAUGUGAUGGCAGAGUGGUACCUGGGCGACUACGGCACACCUUCCUCCCUGCUGGAGACUGCCGACCAGUUUGAUGUGGUGGCCAUGGCCACCUUCCCAGAGGAGGGCCCCGGCAUGCCGCUGCAGCGGCAGCUAGUGGAGCGCGCCGCGCCGCCGCACCAGCGCUUGCUCUUGGGAGUGCACAACCCCGUCCAGCUGCUGGCAUCCGCGCAGUGGCUGCCGGAGAUGCUUCUGAAGCAAGUGCUGGCACAGCCGGCGCAGGCGCAGGUGGCGCCAGCAGCAGGGAGCGGCCCUCCUGCCAACGACGGCCGCACGGCAGCCACCCUGCCGCCGCAGGUGCAGCUGGUAGCGCUGUCCCCCAACGUGGCAGCUUACACCCGCUCGCUGCUGGAGGCCUGGGCAGGCGGCAUGCGCCCCGGCCCCACACCAAUCCUCGAUGUGCCAUGGCUGCCUCCGCUGGUGCCCUGGAGCCACUCUCCUGCAGCCGGCGGCAGCAGCGAUGGGGAUGGAAGCCGUGAGGGUGGCCAGCGCGGCAUCAGCAGCAGCUCCGAGCACGGCGGCAGCAGUAGUAGCAGCAGCGGGAAAGACGGUGCCUACCGCCACCUGUGCAUCCAGGGCAGCAUCCACCCCACCCGCCGCGACUACGCCGCCGCCUUUGCCGCCGCCUCGCACCCCGCGGUGUUGGCUCAGCUGGCACGCGGCAACGAGUCGCUGCUGCUGGUGGGCGGGCUGAGGCGGGAGGAGCCUGUGCCGCCCAUCCCAGAUGCCCUCCGCCCCUUUGAGUAUUAUGACACACUGUCCCGCUGCCGCGCCAUCCUCACCGCAUUUCCAGACACGGACGCAUACCUCGUAAACAAGUCGAGCAGCACGCUGGCGGCCGCAAUUACUGUGGGCGUGCCUCUGGUGGCUGAGGAGCGAGUGUUCGUCGCCUACUCCUAUCUUCAGCAGCAGGCGGCAUUUGCCUAUGACUCGCCACCAGGGGCGGCGGAGCACUACCCUGCCGCCGAGGCGGCAGCAGCCGCGGCCGGCAUUGUGGCCGCACAAACGCCGCAGGCUCGCCUGGCAAGGCGCGCACUGCGGGGGGGUGACGACGCCAUCGCGGAGCUGCCAGCAGGAGACGUGGAGGCAGCGGAGGCAGCGGAGGAUGGGGAGCAGGCACAAGAUGAGCAUUUGAAUGAGGAGGAGGAACGCGACCAGCAGCAGCAGCAGCAGCAGCAGCGCUCCUGGCUGUCGCCAUGGCAGCAGCAACCCGAGAACGAGCAGCCAGAGCAGGAGGCGGGGCAGCCGGAGGCGGGCAGCUACUCGGCGGCGCUGCUGCGCGCUUUCGAGCCGGGCGCGGCAGCGGCAGCGCACGAGGCGGCGCGCAGCCUGAAGGUGGAGCUGAUGCAGCAGAAUGUGGAGGUGGCACGGCAGUUCCUGCUUGGAGCAGCUGCCAGGGCGGCGGCGGCGGCGCUCGAGGCCACAGCAAGGGCAGGGACGGGGUGA